GUUGUGCUCCUACUGGUUGAAUUCGACAAAGAGACGCCGCUGCUGGAUCUAGUCUUCAGUGCCAAACUUGUAAGAAGACUUUCUUCGGCAAUGACACGCAUCUUGACUUGACGGUAGCUAGUAGGGCCAAAGCAUACGGGGACACGAUGCCUAUUGCCACGGAACUUUUCAGAUUUCCAUUGAUCUCAUUUCUCUAUGAGAGGGGUUGGAGACAAAAUUUUAGAUGGGGUGGUUUUCCAGGUCCUGAGAAAGAGUUUGAAAUGGCUAAGGAUUACCUGAAGCCAGUUUUGGGUGGAAAUAUUGUAGAUGCCAGUUGUGGUAGUGGACUAUUUUCCAGACUCUUUGCCAAAAGUGGAUUAUUUUCUCUGGUCAUUGCUCUGGAUUAUUCUGAGAACAUGCUGAGGGAAUGCUAUAACUUCAUUCAGCAGGAGGAGAACUUCCCAAAAGAGAAUCUUAUCUUGGUCAGAGCUGAUAUAUCCAGGCUCCCGUUCAUUUCAAGUUCAAUUGAUGCUGUGCAUGCUGGUGCUGCAUUACACUGCUGGCCAUCACCAUCACUAGCCGUAGCUGAAAUAAGUCGAGUUCUGCGACCUGGAGGUGUGUUUGUUGCCACUACUUUCAUAUUUGAUGGGCCUUUUGGUUUUCUACCAUUUGUAAGGGAUCUACGUGAGAAUAUGAUGGUAACGUCAGGCAGCCGCAUCUUCCUAUCUGAGCGUGAGCUAGAAGAUCUCUGCAAAGCCUCUGGCCUGGUUGGUUUUACUUGCAUAAGAAAUGGUCCUUUUGUAAUGAUCUCCGCUACAAAACUCAAUUAAAUGUUAACGGCCUAUUGUCACUUUGUAAAGGAUUUUUUGCUUGGAAGUCUAAAUUUAUAUCAUUUACUGGCGUACAGCUAAAGUGGCUGGUCGAUUUGUAUAGGGCAUCUGCUAUUUGCAUGUAUUCUUAACUAAAUUGGUUAAGGGGCACACAGCUGGAAGUUGGAUUUUUUGACAGACAGAACUCGAUACUUAAUCAUGCAAACAUAUUUGUAUACCUGAAAAUAUUGUACAAACCAAGAUUUUAAUUUGUUAUUUGCAGCCUGCUGAAGUUCUUUUUUGU